AUGACACCGGUCUGGUCCAAGAUCUGUCCAGAUGAUCCCUGGAGCCAAAGGAGCCCCUUGUAUCCUCUUAGCAUUGGGUAUGAGCAACUGCUGCCGCCACCCUCGCCGCCUGUUGCUGGCCCCUCCCAGCUCAAUGGCACUCUCCCCCAGGCACCUGCUGUUGUUGUCAGGAAGGGCAAAGGUAAAGAAAAAGCCCCCCCUGAAGCCAUGAGUGUGAGUACUGCGCCAAAGUCCAAGCAGCAGCAUGCAUCUUCCAAGGCGAUGGUAACAAGUAAGGAUGAACGGGAGUUGGACAAUGAGUCAAUUCUGGCUCAGACACUAGCAACAAAAAAGAAACUAUCACUGCCAACAAGGCUUCCCACUGCACUGAAGGGUUUGUGCCCAUGCCGCAAGUCAUUGGCAAGGUUGGUCAUCACAAGUGAUGAUGAGAGAGAAGGGGCAACACCAAACCCUGUUCUCAAGACAGUGGUGUCAUCUUCAUAUGUGGAGAUUGACAACAUGGAUGAGACGCCAAUCACCGUUGGGCCUGCACCGAAGAUGGGGACCCCAUGUGGAUAUCCUGGUAUGUGGCUUCCUCUUUACAUUGCAAUUUCUAAUGUUCUCCAGCCUGCACCCAAGCCCUCCAAGGCUGUCCCAGAGAUGUCCAGCACCAUUGCCAGUGUCCUCACUGAGGAUGAUCACGCCGACACAACCUUGCUGGUAUGGCUCCCAGGCUGUAGGUCUUGCAUGCAGAGGCAGCUGGUAUGCCACCAAGCCUACAAUACCGCUGGUGUGGAGUUGGCCGUGUGUGCGCGAUUCCACUGGUCAAAACAUAAGUGUGGAGGCAAGGGUUCUGCUCCACCCAACAGAGGCAAGAAGUCAACGGCAGCUGUGACUCACCACACUCAUUCAAGAUCUUGCUGUCAAUCACCAGUGUAUGUCACUGAGACUGCAGUAGCAUCCACCUCUGGUGCACCUGCAGGUGGGGUCGCCAAGAUGUCCAACACCUCCAUCACUGCCACCCCCACUGCCGCCAUCACCUCUGCUCCCACCGCCAGUGCUCCUGCCACUCCUGUUGUCCCCACUGCUGCCACCACCACCACCACCACCACCACUGCUGCCGCCAAUGUUGCCACCCCUGCCACCGCUACCACCCCCUCAUCUCCCACUUCCCACACAGACAAGGCAUCUGUUCUUGCCCUCAGGGAGGACAUUACCCUGUUGCAAGCAACAGUUACUUCCUUGGAGGAGAAGGUGAGUGCUGGGGAGCAGCUUCUCCCGGAAGCCAAUAGGAGAAUGGCAAAGCAGGAGGCUAGUUUCACAUUGCUUGCCGAGCAAUUGGCGGCACCUCGCCAGGAGUUGUGUUCCCCCAAACUCACAUCACCUGUUUCACUGUGUUUGCCUGUGAUGAUGAACCCUGUCUUAGCUGACUUAUCCUCUUGCAACAGCAUGAUUAUUGCUGAGACAGAGGUCCCUGCCCGGUCAGUGUCCUGCAAUGGUGGCAUUGUUGUAGAGACAGAGGACCAUGUUGCAUUGGUGGCUGAGGAAGUAUACCCUGAUAUGUCAAUUUCUGAGGAUGAAUGCCUCCUACAUCGGCACCUCAUGAAGAAUGCCCUGCUAUGUGAGUGCCCUGCUGUGUCGGCAUCUUGCAACACCAGGAUUGUUGCAGAUGAAGAUGCUGAAGUUGAGUCAGUGUCUGUUGGAUCAGCCACAAAGGAGUGA